UGCGUCGUCUGAGCCAAAAUGGAGCAGAAUUGGAGCGAAGCCGCUGAAGAAGCUGAUGUCGGUUAAGAAGAGAAACCGGACCGUUUAACAGCUGAAGCCCUGAAUCGGCAGCCCGGAGGUUCCCGACCCGGCGUGAGAGGAACCCGGACACAGACUCGGACUCAGUUAGAUGCUGUGGUCAUGGCGGAGCGGCGGGCGGAGUGUACGUGGAAGAGACACAUCUCGGAGCAGCUGAAGCUCAGAGACCGAGUGCAGAGGCAGGCCUUCGAGGAGAUCGUCCACCAGUAUAACCGUCUGCUGGAGAAGUCCGACCUGCAGGCCGUCCUCUCAGAGAGGUACCAGACUGACAAGUAUGACGUCCAGAGGAGCCACGAGUCCAGUGCGGGCGCAGACGCGGGGCGCAGCGACGCCCUGCAGCAGGAAAUGGCUCAGAUGAGAAUCAAACACCAGGAGGAGCUGACGGAGCUGCACAAGAAGCGAGGAGAGCUGGCUCAGAGCGUGAUCGAGCUGAACAACCUGAUUCAACAGAAGGACAAGGAGAUCCAGAGCAACGAGGCCAAGAUGCUGGAGUACCAGCAGCAGAUUGCCAACCUGGAGGGGGACUGUCGGGACCUGAGGAGCUACCUGCAGGACCUGGAGAAGGCGAACCAGACCCUGAAGGACGAGUACGACGCCCUGCAGAUCACCUUCUCUGCUCUGGAGGAGAAACUGAGGAAAACCACGGAAGACAACCAGGAGCUGGUGUCCCGCUGGAUGGCCGAGAAGGCUCAGGAGGCCAACAAGCUGAACGCAGAGAACGAGAAGGACUGCAGACGGCGACAGGCCAAACUGCAGAAGGAGCUUGCAGACGCCGCCAAAGAGCCGCUGCCCGUCGACCCGGAGGACGACAUCGAGGUUCUGGCUGAGGAUGGAGGGAAAGGGGCUGCAGAGACCUCGCCUAACAGACCGUUCAUCAGAACUCCCAGUAAGAAAAUCUCGCAGCCUCCCCCUGGUGGUCUGCUGGACUCCAUCUCCAACAUCUUUGGCGUGUCUGAGUGUGUUCAGCCAGGAUUCGUCCCACCACACUCCAGGCGUCGACAUGCAAACUCCUUCAGCUCCUCCCCUGAGAACCCUGACGCCCCGUCUGGAGUGUGUGCGGAGGUUCGAGUCCCGUCGACGGCGCUGCAUGUGUUUGAAGCCCACGAUGGCGAGGUGAACGCUGUGAGGUUCAGCCCCGGCUCUCGUCUUCUCGCCACGGGAGGGAUGGACCGCAGGGUGAAGCUGUGGGAGGUGGUCGCCGGUCGCUGCGAGCCUAAAGGAGCUCUCACGGGCAGCAACGCUGGGAUCACCAGCAUCGAGUUCGACAGCGCCGGCUCCUACCUGCUGGCUGCCUCCAAUGACUUUGCCAGUCGGAUCUGGACCGUAGACGACUACAGACUGAGGCACACCUUGACGGGUCACAGUGGGAAAGUGCUGUCAGCUCGCUUCCUAUUGGACAACGCCCGGAUCGUCUCUGGGAGCUACGAUCGAACGCUCAAACUGUGGGACCUCCGCAGCAAAGUCUGUAUGAAGACGGUGUUUGCUGGUUCCAGCUGUAAUGACAUCGUGUGCACGGAGCAGUGCGUCAUGAGCGGACACUUUGAUAAGAAGGUUCGGUUCUGGGAUAUCAGAGCGGAGAGUAUAGUCCUGGAGCUGGAGCUGCAGGGUCGGGUGACGUCUCUGGACCUGAACCACGACCGCACCGAGCUGCUCACCUGCUCCAGAGACGACCAGGUGAAGAUCAUUGACCUGCGCACCAACGCCGUCAGGCAGACGUUAAGUGCUCAGGGCUUCAAGUGUGGAGCCGACUGGACCAGGGUCACCUUCAGUCCUGACGGCAGCUACGUGGCCGGAGGAUCAGCUGAUGGCGCUCUGUACAUCUGGAACGUCCUGACUGGGAAAGUGGACCGAACUCUGGACCGAAACCACAACUCUGCCAUCAACUCGGUGUCCUGGUCACCUUCAGGAGCGUACGUCGCCAGCGUGGAGAAGGGCAGCAAGGCCAUCCUGUGGUCUGACAUGUGAUUGGCUGAACUGUGUGACAGCAUGACGACGUGGACAGCAGGGGACGCUGAAGAUCAGGUGGACGUUGUGUGUUGGACGAUGACGUAGUGGAUGAAGCUGAAAUCAGCAACUGACUUUUGACGUCUGUCCGACUGCCUGUCGACGUGUUCAACACAAAAACUGAAUGUUUAUGUUUUGUGUUCAGAAACUUUUAAUGUUCCAGAAGAUCCAGAGUGGUUUUAAUUCAGUUUGCUGAGACAGGAACUCGGUCCAGCAGGAAGUAAAAGAAGAUUCAGGAGUUAAUAAGUGUCUUUAUUAACAGUCUGCCGCGGAAAGAUGAAUGAAAACACGACUCCACCGUCAGGACUGCGUGUGUGUGUGUGCGUGCGCAGAAUAUCUGUGCAACAAGAAUAAAAUGAGAAUAAUA